GUCAAACGGCAAACAAAGAGCGCCUCCACCUCUCUGCUCCCCCAGCUGUUGUUGGGGAGGGCUUACGGCCGGCAGUAAUAAAGGGAGAGACGUCUCUGUUCCGCCCCCACAAACGCCGCAGACAGCCCUGACAGGCGGCAGACGAGUCUCGCUCUCUUCACAGCAGUGGCUCUGCGCAACAGACGACAGAGAGGGAGUCAGCUCUGCUGGCGUUCAGACGAGCUACAAGCGGAGGCUCAGCUGUUGACUCAGCGUGGGAAUUCUGCAUUAACGGCUGUCGCCUGCUUUGACACGUCUCUGAUCACCCUAGGAUUUACUGAAAGAGAAGAGAAACUCCCGGCUCGUGCUUCACGAUGGUCCUGUGUGAGGAUGGCGAUUGUAGCGUCUGCCUCCUGCCGUACUCCCGCACGGACAGGGUCCCCCGGGUGCUCCACUGCAGGCACACCUUCUGCCAACCGUGCCUGGAGACCAUAUCCCGGGCGAGGAGCGGGCUCCUGGCCGUGGCCUGCCCCCUGUGCCGCCGGGUGACCUGCGUAAGCCGAGGCCUCGGCCUGCAGGAGGCCCUGUGGGUCAACACCGAGCUGUGGGAGCAGAUACCACAAGACGUGGAGGCCGAGACGGUAGAGGAGGCGGGGGACGGACAGAAAGGAAGGGCCGAGGUGCAGAGGACGGAGGCUAAACAGACGCCCGCAUCGCAAGCAGAGUGCAUUUCCUCCAGGUCUGCCCCAUCCAGGCUCAAACUGCCGGCUUUCUUCAGGAGGUUCAGCUGGACGACGCAGCACAGAGAGACGAUCAUCCCUGACAGCAACGUAGAAAUGAAAUCCUGGCGCAGACUCUCAAUGGAUGACGUGAUUUAAGAAACGAUCGUCCUCAGGAUUUUCUGAUGGCCGAGAACCAACCGGACUCACCUUUGACAGAGGAAGGGAGGUUGAGUCGGCUGAAGAUCAGGAAUCCGUUUGCGUUCCCGUUGGGACAUUGUUCUGUCGUCAGCUGAAGGUGCCGGGUCUUCCCAUUAUUCCUUUCAGGCUUAAUUCUCCCAGCUGGUGCUACGGGAUUUAGUUCAGCUGUCCCAGUGGGGCUAACACCCCGACUCCCCCUCAGAACAGAUGGUCUGCUCCUCAUCACUCAACAUAACUUAUUCUUUUCCUUAUUUAUACUGGUUUGUUGGCAGAGUUUGUAAUUAAACUAUUUUUAAAUGA